GGCGAUCGAGGUCGCGGAGAAUAUGGCAGGAGUUCCUUAAAGUACAAAUUACCAAUGAGUUGAUAUGCGUCUACUAGUUUGACGCGGGUAUUUGUUCGCGCCCCCCUUUUAUUGGAAGACGCCGCGUAGCACGGCCCGUGGUCGGCGGCAGACAUGGGGAAGCUCUUGUCCAAAAUUUUCGGGAACAAGGAAAUGAGGAUCCUCAUGUUGGGCCUCGACGCCGCCGGGAAGACCACCAUCCUGUACAAGUUGAAGCUGGGACAGUCAGUCACAACCAUUCCCACAGUGGGCUUCAACGUGGAGACUGUCACCUACAAGAAUGUCAAAUUCAAUGUCUGGGAUGUUGGCGGCCAGGACAAGAUUCGUCCCCUGUGGCGGCACUACUACACGGGCACACAGGGACUAAUCUUUGUGGUGGACUGCGCCGACCGGGACCGCAUCGAUGAGGCGCGGCAGGAGCUGCACAAGAUUAUCAACGACCGCGAGAUGCGCGACGCCAUCAUCCUGGUCUUUGCCAACAAGCAGGACCUGCCCGAUGCCAUGAAGCCCCACGAGAUCCAGGAGAAGCUCGGGCUGACGAGGAUCCGCGACCGAAACUGGUACGUCCAGCCGGCGUGUGCCACAACGGGCGACGGGCUCUUCGAGGGUCUCACGUGGCUCACCUCAAACCACAAGUCCUGAGGCCAGCCCCUCGUGGACAGCUUGCAAAAAAAAAACAAUAAAUCCCGCCGCGUUGCUGCUGCCAGCGUCGCCAUCGCCGCCACCACCGCCAUCACCACCGGUGCGGGGCCAGGCAGGGGGACGCCCGCGCGACAACCAGGCUGGCUCUGCCGGAGGGGGGCAGGCUGCCCAGGGUUCACUCUGCCCCCCCUUCCGUCAUCCUCGCCACCUGCGAUCCAGCCACGACGACGGCCUCUUUGUUUUCCCAGUGCCGCUUUGAUUUUUAUUUUUUUUGCUCCUUGUUUUGUGUACUGCCACUGUAAAAUACAGUCGUCGGAAGAGCAGGCGGGGUCUCCCCACUCCCUCUUUGCUGUUGGAGGGGUUCGGAGAUGCCUGCGCCGGUACUUUCUCCCGAGAAGCUGCCUUGUCCCUUCUGUUGUUUUUCUAUUGUUUCUUCCUUUUAGCUGUAAUAUAUAUGUGUGCAAGUGCUGUUGAGACAGUGAUGCUGCGACGGUGGACACUUGUGUGUAUGUAUCUCACUCUCUCUCCUUCAGCGGUGGAGGAUGGGGGGUUGCCUGCUAGGGGCCACUUUUGCUUUUAGAAAUGUUUGGGGCACGUGCGGGCUCUGCAACAGACUCUCGGGGGGGGGUGGGGAAGGGAAAGCAAGAACGAAAAAAAAAAGUAAGCGCACUUUUUCUCUUUCUGUUAGAUUGCGUGCUUGUUUUGAGGGAGUCUCACACAUAUAUGCAUUCACCACAAUUCUUCACUCCUCGCGAGGUUGGAACACGACACGUGAACACCGGGACACGGAAACAGGAAACAGCGUUGGAGAAAACGCCCGUAGCGAGCAGCGUUUCCUCCGCAGGAAACAACGGGAUGAAGUGCUCUUAUGGCCUGGGUGGGAGGGGGUGUCAAGUUUCUGAGAACGGCGCAGGCCGGAGCUCAAGUAAGGGGUGCCAUCUCCGACGCAAACCUUUUCCCCCUUUCCCUCUCUGACCCUCCUCUACCUCCUCUCUGGACACGGGCCUCCUCGUGCAGGCAGGGCAGGGGGGAUCCGGUUCCGUUUGUGCCUUUUGGGUGCGCCGUGCAGGGCGGCAGAGCUCUCUUUGUCGUGUGCGGACUGUGAGGGAUUUUGCGGAGAAAAGGGGGGGGGGGGGGGCCGACCCGGGCAGAGGUGCGCCGACAGCAAGCGAGCAGACUGCUUUCUUCUUCCCUCACCCGCAUUAGUCGCGGAGGAUGGGGGAGGGGUGGGGUGUCCCCCUCCUCCUAGUGUCACCAAGUUUUUUGUGUCACACCUUACCCCACUACCACAGGUUUUUAGCAGAUGGGCUGCCUUUUCUUUUUGUAUAUUGUUGGGUUGUACAUAUCAGUUUUCAACAGCGGGCAAAUAAAACUUUGUUCCUGAGCUUCCGACGGCCUGUGCGUGCCCCCAACGCCUUUUCAAUAGAGGGCAUGGCCGGGAUAAUGUUAACGAUUCUGUUCCAAUAGACCCUUUUCCUAAUUGACAUGCGCAUUUCUCUGCACUGCAGACUUGCCAACUAAUUGCAGCACUGGCCAGCAUUCGAAUAAAGACAAAAGUACUAGCUGUGAAUGCUGGAGCUUAUCUCUUGCGCAUGGUUUCAUCACCAGAGCCAUGUCUAGGUUUUCCAUGUCGUAAUACAAGCAGACUGCUUUUACACGCUAUUUGCAAAAGGGACCACGCCACAACUAACUGGGCAGACUGCCUCGCAGGAUAGCCAGCUUUACAAUUGUGAAAAGGGUUUAUGUUAUUUCUUUUUACGCUUCAUCAGUGAUCCGAGUGGCAUGCUGCCUACGCUAUCGCCAGGAUCAGCUGGUUGCGAGCAGUAGAACAUAAACAAGUGGAAUUGAGCAAAAGGAAUCCACACAUUAUUCCGGCCGAUGUUCCAAAUCUGUUCAGCCAGCAGCACUGUCAACCCUUGGCGUCCUAGAAGACUUGUCUGCACGUUAUGGCACUGGACAUGCCUCAGCAUCACUCACCAACUCGCCACCUAGCAUCGAACUCUAAGUGAAGGCAGACCAAAAGGUUAUCUGAAGUUUCUUUCUGGUAGCCCUAAAUAAUAAAAAGCUCAUAUUUAUUAUCA